AUGGCUUUCGAAACUUUCGUAUACCGCGCUGCCUCUCCCAUUGACGAAGAGCACGAAUUCGAUUGUGAUUUUACAGGUUGGCUAGAAGAUACAUCUGUAAAAUAUUUAGACUCAGACUUUACAAAGUCUUCGUUACUGGCCAUAGUACGCCUAGGAUAUGUUGAGAAGAAAAAUAGUCCAACCUUCAGAGUCACUUUCAGUGGCAUUCCCGUCGCUGACACUAUACCACGAAUUUCAACACAUUUGGAUACAGUAAAGGAAAACUCAAGCUGGCACCUGCGCUGUCAUAAACUGGCACUCUGUCACUCUAUUAAGCGUGGGGUGUCAGUGUCGUGGAGGACGGACGAACACGAGGUGCUGCGUUCCUGUGCGAGGGUGAACGAUGUUGCUUGUGUUUGGUAUUUGAGAGAAGACAAAAGUUCGCUUUCUUCCAUUCAAAAUAUUCCACAAGAAUUGACACUUCUGUUCUAUAUGGAGAAUAAAGGAUUCCACGUUGAGAAACAGGAUUCCUAUGAACUGAAGGAUUCCCCACGGAACGGAAACGAGAUCGUGGCCGCCUGCCCCUGCGAAGAGAGCCAGACGAACUGCUCCUGCAGGGAACCGAAGGAAGCCAAACCUCAGAUUAAGGUGCUUUCGUGGACGAGCUCGAAAGGCUGGAUCCUGCUUGCUGUGGGAUUUUGCUUCGCAAUCUGGAUGGCAGUUUUCUUCACGUUGUUUGCAUUUAGGAUGGUUUAGAAAGAAGUUACUUAAUUUCAGGAAGAAGAUAGGGCAAGUGCUUGUGAAAGUGAACAUUGGUGCGCAUUUUUAUUGAAGAGUCCUGGGAAUACCACGUUUUAAGAUAAGAAAAAAAAUAUAUAUACAUACAUGAAUGAUGGUGUACGUAAUAUAUAAAAAUUCUGGAUUAGACAAUAAUUUGCAAAUAACUGGUAAUAUCAUGGGAAAUGUGAGUCUCCCCUAUAAAAGAGAGAACGAGGAUGGCUCCAAAGAAAACGCAGCCUCGAGGGGCAUCGAUGAGAAGGGCCGACUGUGCAAAACAAGGCAACCCUCCCUCAGCACAAAACAAAAGAAAUGUGGUACAAGUAUGCAAAUCCUGUCAACACCUUUAUGACGGGCAGCUCACAGUUGUUCUCACGCCCAACACACUCACCCACGCCCAUCAUCAUCAUCCCUCGCCUCGCAAGCAGACGAAGCCAUGGGCAGCUAGAAGGUACGAGGGGCUGUGUGUGUGCCCGGAGACCGGUGGCGUGUGUCGCUGCGGCAUGAGCAUAGGGUCCAAGUGGCAGCGCCUCCUCCCCCGCAACGCCCCCUGGUGGCCCAGAACCAAGGUCGUCCUCCUUACCCUCGCCGCCCUCACGCCCUGGGCAUGCCUCGUCGUCUACUUCAUUUUCGCCUACAAGACGUGAAAACCCUUCGGUUCUCAUAGCCAGUUACGGCUUCGCCCACCUGACCAGGCACUCGAUCCACGGUCGGCGGCAAAAAUGUACUGUUGUUCCUAUUUGUACAAGGACUUGGACUCAAUUCAUUUAUUUUUUAUAGUCAAACGCCCAUAUUCCUGUUUGGUAUCUCAUUUCCCUUUUCCAUAUAUUUCGUUUUGCACAUCGUAGUGUUGUUAGUAUUUUUAUAUUUUCUUGAACCAGAUUAUUUUUGCAAGUACUUUACAUAAUUGUCCAUUUCGUAACAUAUUUCCUUCCCGAAAUCCUUGCCUCCUUGUUUAUAUUUCGUUGUUACACCAACUUUCAUCUUUCUGUUCUACUGGAUUUCAUGCAUAUCGAUUACUUCUUGAAAGUCUACGAUACCGCUAUUUCGUAUAGGAUAACGUCCCAGGAAAUUAACGUAAGUUUUGCCGAAGCACUCCCAGAAGAGUAGAUUAUUCCUUCGGCUCAAGUUCGCCAUGGUGCUUCCGCUUGCAGAGCUGCUUGUAAAAAGAAGCGUCUGACUCUCUUUACUGCUGAAGUAUGUGAUAUCUACAACGCAAUUUUCAUGAAAGUGUUAUAUUUAGGUUAUUAGUCCUCAUCCACACGGUGACUAUUUAUGCUAAGGCUUUAGUGCCCGGAUCUAUGAUAGAAAUGGUUAAUCAGAUAAUUGACUAUAUAUUCUUUGAUUCACGGUUUAUACAAUGCUGCUUUGAUAUUCGGAUUUCAAAGCGAAUAUUGAGAUGUGAUAUCCAUUUUAUUACUAACAGUUAUACUUAUAUUGCAAUACAGAAAUAUAUAUGGGCAGUUGCAAUUGGGUGAAAAAUAAAUCUAAAUCGCUAA